UUUAUGCCUGUUAUAAAACCGUAGUAUGUUAGUGCGAUCAGUCUGACAGUAGCGUGUAUAACUUGCGGCGAGUUGAUAAAAGUACAUAGUAUACGAUAAGUAUCGAAAGUGUGAGGAUCGUAUUGUUGUGUCUGAAGCGUGGUUUGUUAAUAGAAGAGAAUUUACGUCGCUUAUCUUUAUUGUACAAUAUUAUAAUUAACAAUUGACGAAACACCCAUGAAAUAAGAAAGUAAAAUGGGAAUUAACGAUGAUGAGAAAAAUGAUGCGACCAUCAACAUGCUCGACCUUAGCUGUCAGAUUCAGUUGCGGGAGUCGGAAAAAUUGAUGGGAGGACUCGUGAAGGAAGAACGGAAAUCACAAUUGCGCAUCGAAUUCAACAAUCUCAACUACUCGGUUUAUUGUAAAGAUAUCAAAAAAACGAUCUUACACGAUGUGACCGGACACUUUGAACCCGGGAAAGUAACAGUGAUAAUCGGUCCUUCUGGCGCGGGAAAGUCGACGCUGCUGAAAAUUAUCUCGGGCGAGCGAUGGGUCAACGUCGACGGCACCAUUUAUGUAAACGGCGUCGAACGAAACAGAGGAACAUUCCGCAAACAUGUAUGUUACGUGCCGCAACAAUUCGAAUUGCUGCCGCUUCUCACGACGAGGGAGACCCUCUAUAUAGCGGCUAGACUGAAGAUGGGGCGAAACGAGCAAGCGAAUGCUUCUCUGAUCGUAAACGAAAUCGUUGAAAGUCUUGGUUUAUCAAAAUGUCUAGACACGCUGGCAAACCAGUUGAGCGGUGGCGAACGCAAGAGACUCUCCAUCGGCGUGGAAAUGAUUAAACCGUCUGUUUUUUUGUUGGACGAACCGACGAGCGGUCUUGAUAGCGCGGCAUCUAAUCAACUCAUGAACGUGCUGCAUAAUAUGGCGAGAGCGAACUGCACCGUGGUUUGCGCGAUACAUCAACCCAGUAGUCAAAUGAUCUUGCAAUUCGAUGACAUUAUGGUACUCGAUCGAGGUAGACGCAUAUAUUGUGGUCCGAGGAGUGAGAUAUUGAAUACAUACGAGAGCGCCGGAUUCAUAUGCCCGCGCUUUUACAACAUUGCUGAAUUCUUACUUGAAGUAAUAACCAACCAGAGAGAUGGAGAUUUGGAGAAUCUGUACAAGAUCUGUAAUAGUGAAUAUGAAAAAUACAAAUCGAGUCAUAAACAUCAUAAAACUGGAGCAGAUUCGGAAACAAUUUAUUCUAAACAGAAAAUUGAAAAAGAUGCGUCUGCGAAUAAUACAAAGCAAGGAUUGUCUACGUGGCAGCAACAAAAAAUAUUAUUUUUAAGGGCUUUUAUUUGCAUCAAGCGAGACCUCAUCUUGACGAAAAUGAGACUUGCAAUGCACUUCAUAAUAGGGCUGCUCUUAGGGGCGGUCUUUUAUGAUUUUGGCAAUGAUGCGCAAAAAGUGCAGAGCAACAUAGCUUACUUAUUCUUUCUUAUGAUAUUUUUAUAUUUUUGUAAUGCACUGCUGGCAGUGCUACUGUUUCCCACAGAAGCGGCAGUGUUUCUACAGGAGCAUUUAAAUAAUUGGUACUCAUUCGGAUCGUAUUAUAGUGUAAAGAUAUUAACGGAUCUUCCGGUGCAAAUACUUUGUUCUUCGUCUUUCAUACUUACAUCAUAUUUUAUUUCGGGGCAACCAAUGGAAUUUAACAGAUUUUUUGGAUUAUGGUUAAUUAGCCUAUUGCUAACAAUUAUGGGACAAACAGUCGGGAUUCUGACAGGUGCGGUUGCGGGGGUUGAGGUGGGUGUUUUCUUAAUACCCGCAUUAAAUAUACCAUUUUUGCUGUUUGCCGGAUUUUUCUUGAAGAUAGGGGAGAUGCUGGGGUUCCUGCAACCUUUAGGCACCCUAAGUUUUUUCAGAUACGCAUUUGAGGGAUUAAUACAGACGAUCUACAAUUUCGAUCGACCGAAAUUACAUUGCGCAGAAAUUUUCUGCUAUUUUCGUUCUCCAAACGUCAUUCUUUCAGAGUUGGGCGUGCCUACGGUACCGUUUUACGUAACUGUGAUAAUACUCGUUUGUUGGAUAUUCCUCUUUCACAUUGUCAUCUAUGGGGUGUUUCGUUGGAAAAUUUAUUACGCAAGAAAGUGAACGUAUAAAUAAAUUACUGAUAAGCAUUUAUAUAUAUGUAUGCAUAUAUGGAGAAAAGAUUUAUUCGAGGAUUAUUUUUGCAUCUAAAUUAGGAUUUGUAGGACAAAUCUUUCUACUAACGAAUAAAAGAAAUAAUAAAAUAAGAAAAAAAUGCAAAA